AUGGCGGCCUCCGGCAGUGUCUUUUCCGAGACCCUACAAGAGAUCACCAAUACCAAGCUCCAAGAACUCUCUAAACGACGAUCUCGCUUUGAGGAAGCAAAAUCAUCAAUCCUUUCCUCCAUCGAUGAAGAGAAGGAUGCUGUCAAGCGUCUCAUCACCCUGAGCAAUGGCGUCAAGGAUUGCUUCGCCAUCAAGCUCGACAAAGACAACAAAGUCAUUCUCGGACGUACCAAGUUCAAGCAUCUAGAAGUUGAGCUCAAGAACCUUGACCGAUUCCUCGAUCAAGCCAAGACUGACCCCUCCGUGUCGUCCAAGAUGUUGGCUGCAUGGGAGGAGUCCCUUACUCGUCAGCUAGAUAUGCAGGCUCUUCAGUACCAGUACGCCUGGCUAUACGGAGAGCUAGUGACUGAGUGGCUGGCUGGCGAUAAGGAGAAAGACCCGGAAGCAGACGUCGAGAUGGGUGGGGCGUUUGAGGAUGUUGGAGAGCAAGCCAAGCUUCAGUCCAAGAUCGAUUGGGAGAACACCGUCUUUGAACCAGCCAGCGUGGACACUGUGGCUAUAAAGCGAUACCUGGAUGCUCUUUUUGGCACUGGCGAGAAGGACAAAAAGACCAUCACCAACUCACUCCAACGUCUCCGCAACUCCAUCUCAUCCCAUGAAGGGCGUAUCUCAACGCCUGAUCAGUUCACUGUGGCAUCACUGAAGUGGAUCAUUCCAGGCCUUCACUCAUCCGACCUCCUGUCCAAUGAGAAGAGGGAAGUACUCAAGGACUUCGAGAGCAAUGAUAUGAUCCUCAAAGAGAUCGCUGACGUCCUCAACAUGCGCAUCAAUGCCUUGGACUCUUGGACUUGGAACUCGGAGUCCCCAGUAGAUGUAUCAAUGCAGAGAAAGAUCUCGGGAAUCUACAACAUCCAUAUGCACGAGGACCUUCUUCAGGCAAUAUUCCUGCAGUACAUUGGUGUCAAAUGGAGUGUCGUACUCAAACAGGCUUUCAAAGCCUUCCGGGACUCCGGAGCCUGGAAGGCUGCGGGACAAAACAUCCCUCUAGAGGAUAAAAGACGUCUUGGUUACUAUCUGGGAUUCCAUGAGACUUCGCCCUCUUUACAGACCGAGCGGGCCAAGGUCAACGAGGAGAGAUACUUCAUGGCUCAGCUUAUGAACUACGAGCAUGAAGUUUCUGGGGCUGCCGAUGGCGAAGAGGAAGCAGAGUACGAAUCUGUUGUUUCCUCCAAAAAGAGGCGUCCACGAGCUAAGCAGACACCUAUGGCGCAGAUGGCUAUGUCAGCACGACGGAUGGCCCCCCAGGGUCUUGGCAGAGGAGGCGCGAUGAGACAUCGAAAAAUAGAUGUGGAGGCUGAAGUCGAUGACGAGGAUGAUGAUUACGAUGAAGACGACAACGAUGAUGAGGGAGAUAAUGAUCGCAGUCCAAUGGCACUCAAACAGACAUUGCUCCACCUCCUCUCGACCGAGAUCACCAUCAAUACUUAUCUCUAUGGCGAGACAACGGCUUUCCAUUCCGUAUUCGAGGAAUGGAACCCAAAGCUGCCACACGACACUGUCUUGACAAUUCUCAAAUAUCUUGGCGUCUCUGAUACUUGGCUCGGCUUCUUCAAGAAGUUCCUUGAGGCUCCCCUCAAGUUCGUUGACGACGAUGACUCUACUGCACGCAAGCGCCGCAGAGGGACCCCGGCGUGUCACGUUCUAAGCGAUGUCUUUGGUGAGAUAACUCUCUUCUGCCUCGACUUUUCUGUCAACCAGUCUACUUCGAGCAACCUGUGGAGGAUUCAGGACAACUUCUGGUUCUGGUCCCAUGACCACUCGGUUGCAGUCAAGGCUUGGGAGACGGUCGACAAGUUCACCAGUGUCACUGGCGUUGAAGUCAAUCCCUACAAAACAGGCUCCAUCCGAAUCUCCAAAGAUAGCAAUGUGACUCUCCCUAUCGAUGAAUCACUCCCCAAGGGUGAAAUACGCUGGGGAUUCCUCAGCCUGUCACCAAAAUCAGGUCGAUUUGAGAUCGAUCAAAACAUGGUAGACUCUCACAUCAACGAGCUCCACAAGCAGCUUGUCGACAAGCGUAAAAGUAUUCUCGGAUUCAUCCAAGCAUGGAACACUUAUGCUGCAACCUUCUUCACGUCCAACUUUGGCAAAGCAGCACACUGCUUCGGUCGCGAGCAUGUCGAUAACAUGUUGGCGACGCACAAGAAGAUUGAACAACAGGUGUUCACCAAACUCUCCGAGGGCGAAGUUACAAGCGUGGCCGAGUAUCUAAAGAGAGCCCUUGGUCAACGAUUUGGUGUCGAUGAUAUUCCUGACGGCUACCUCUACUUCCCCAUGGAGCUAGGCGGUCUCGACUUGAAAUCGCCGUUCAUAUCACUUCUCCAGAUUCACGAUCAAGUCGUCGAGUCUCCCCCCAAGCUGAUGGUCGACUUCGAAGAAGCCGAGCGUAGCGCAUACGAUUCAUACAAAGAGUGUUUCCUCAGCGGCAAAACUAGAACGGAAAGGUAUAGGCUCGAUGACCCCGAAUGGACACCCGAUUCGCAGCAUGAGAAAGACAAUUUCAUGUCCUUCGAAGAAUUCACACGCUACCGAGAAGCUUUCUUCUUCUCAAAUUUCAGCGGCUCAAACAGACUACACCGCAUAUUUCGCAAGCUGAUGAAGAGACCCAGUGAGAUCAAGGUGGAGCAGGGCGACGGUAAGAUAUCAUCUGCUAUGGAGCAGCUGCGCAAGGAACCGAUGCUCAAGGGUAUUACUGGUUGGUGGACCAACAUGGAUGCUUACUGGACAUGGGUGACGACUUUCUAUGGUCCUGAGAUUGUGGAUCGCUUCGGAAGACUGAACAUCGUGAACACUGAGUUACUGCCUAUUGCCAUGGUUUCCUUAUUCCGGGAUAAGCGUGUUAACUGGUAG